AUGGAAUACAAGUACAAAAAGGACGGAAUUGGCCUGCAAGGGGAGGAACGACGGAAGUUUGAGAAGAAAUCGGGAAAGGGCGUAAACCAGAACGAUACGAAGACACCAAGAGGGGCUAUGAUGCGCGGACAAGACAAGUUCUCGGGCAAGAGCGAUGGGCAGAUGUGGGGUUCUUUAGGUCUAACAGCCCAACAACACUUGCUCGCAGAGAAGGCGCAAACCGUCGAGAAAGCUGGAGAUGGCAAUGGUUGCUGGCGAUCGCAGUUGCUUCUUUUGCUUGUGCAAGCUGUGCUGGGCGAUCUUCGGAUGGGGAAAGAACGACAAGCAGACCAGCUCCACUUACCCACCAAAGCUCGGUGCAGUCCAGCAAGUGCCCAGCAAACCGAUGUUUGGCAUGCCGACGAGCGUAUUGGUUUCUCUUGA